AAUGAAAAGAUUUAGUUUCAAGUUCCAUUGUAUAGUUGCUUUCCUUGUGCGUGUUCUUUUGGUGGCUUAUUCAAAAUUUCAGGAUGCAAAUUUUAAUGUUCCGUAUACGGAUGUGGACUAUGAGGUAUUUACGGAUGCGGCUCGAUACAUUCUUGAUGGUUUAUCACCUUUCGAACGUCAUACUUAUCGAUACAGUCCGAUAUUAGCUUUAGUUUUGACACCAAAUAUAUUUUUAUCUCCACAAUUUGGGAAAAUUUUAUUUUCAUUCGUUGACAUUUUAGUUGGAUUGUUAAUUUAUAAAUUGGUGGUUAUUAGUAAACCGCGUGAGGUAAACGUCGCAACGAAAUGCGCCUGUCUUUGGUUGUACAAUCCGCUAACAAUUGUCAUUUCAACCAGAGGCAAUGCUGACUGUUUAGCUGCAUUUUUAGUUAUUCUAACUAUAUACCUUCUGCAAUCAGAAUGUCAUGUAUUGGCUGGUUUAAUUCACGGACUUUCGAUCCACUUCAGACUGUAUCCUCUGGCACUAAGUAUGGCCAUGUUCUUCUCUCUCCGAACGCCGAAUCGUGCCUUUGUGAACAUGAACCAAAUCAAAUUUACCUUCUUCUGUCUCUUGUCUUUAAUAACUUUAACUGCAGUGAGUUAUUAUUUCUACGGUUACACAUUUAUUUACGAGAGUUUCUUGUACCAUUUGGUGAGAAAAGACACCCGUCACAACUUCUCAAUUUUCUUCUACCCUCUUUACUUGUCUAUUAACAACUCAUACUUGUCAAUUUUUCGAACUUUCAACAGUAUCCUCCAACUUGUGAUAUUGAUUUCAAUUUCCGUUUUUUAUUCAUCCAAACGCAAUUUGUCAUUUGCUCUAAUGCUGCAAGCGUUUCUUCUCGUAAUAUGCAACACUGUCAUGACGUCACAAUAUUUUUUCUGGUUUUUGUGCUUGUACCCACUAUGUUGUCAAAAAUUAAAUUGUGGGUAUCUUCAAACCUUCAAACUGUUUGGAAUUUGGAUGUUAUCGCAAGGUGCAUGGUUGUUGAUGGCUUACAUGUUGGAAUUUCAGUCCAUAAAUACUUUUAGUUACAUUUGGAUUGCGAGUAUACUUUUUUUUAUCACUAAUAUUAAGGUAUUAGUGGAAGUGGUCAAAAGUUAUGAAAAGAACUAAUGCAUCAAACAAGUAGUUACGCGACGUAAUGCUGUAUAAUAAAUAUGUAGUUAUAAUUGUAUACAUUUUGUAUAAAGUUUACAAUAAAGAGGCAUUAAGUUUUCUUAUAAGCUGAAGAAAAAUCUAACAACUAUCAAA